AUGGCUUCCGUUGAAUCAGAAGAACAAGUUCCCCAAGUUCAAAACAGCGUCGAUGAAGAUACAAACAACAAGGCGGAGAAGCUCAAUAACAAAACCAAAAGCACCAACACGAAGAAGAAGAGGAAGAAGAACAAUUCUAACCCUACUCAUUUGAUCGUUAUGGUUAAUGGUCUCAUUGGCAGUGCUGAGAAUUGGAAAUAUGCUGCUAAACAGUUUCUGAAAAAGUACCCCUAUGAUGCUAUUGUACAUUGCAGUGAAAGUAAUUCUUCAAAGUUGACAUUUGAUGGUGUUGAUGUAACGGGAGAUAGAUUAGCAGAGGAGGUUAUAUCAGUUAUAAAACGCCACCCAAAUGUUCAGAAAAUUUCAUUUAUAGCUCAUUCUUUAGGUGGCUUGAUUGCCAGGUAUGCAAUAGCCAAGCUUUAUGAACAAGAUAUUUCUAAGGAACUUUCUCAGGGGAAUGAACAUUGUGAGAGUCAGAUUUCAAAGCAAGAAUGUCAUGAUAGAAAAUAUGAAGGAAAAAUUGCAGGAUUGGAGCCUAUUAAUUUUAUUACGUCUGCAACGCCACACCUUGGUUGCAGAGGGCAUAAGCAGGUUCCUCUGUUUGGUGGAUUUCGCUCUUUAGAGAAAGCAGCAUCCCGUUUUUCAUGGUUUCUUGGUAAAACAGGGAAACACCUAUUUUUAACUGAUGAUAAGAAUGGAAAACCUCCUCUUCUUCUCCAGAUGGUGUCUGACUCAGAAGAUAUUAAAUUCAUGUCUGCUUUGCGGUCCUUCAAACGCCGCGUUGCCUAUGCAAAUAUUCGUUAUGACCAGCUGGUUGGAUGGAGCACAUCGUCUAUAAGGCGUAGAAACGAGCUUCCAAAGCGUCGACAUCUUAAAAGACACGAGAAGUAUCCACAUAUUGUAAACGAAGAGACAGCAAAACCCACUUCUGUUUUAGAGGAGGUUCCAAGUAAAUCCAAAGUUAGUUGUGGAUCCUGUAAAAUUGACUUGGAAGAGGAAAUGAUCCAAGGGUUAACAACUGUGAGUUGGGACCGUGUUGAUGUCAGCUUCAGUGGUAGCAGGCAGAAAUAUCUCGCACAUAAUGCAAUUCAGGUUCAGACUUACAGCAUCAAUUCCGAUGGAGCUGAUGUGGUCCAACACAUGAUUGAUGAUUUUCGAUUAUAG